AUGACGUUGAAAUAACACGGACUGAUGGCUUCAGCAGGAGCAAAUAUAGUCGAUUAACAGUUUCAGAGCUCACGGUCUGAUCUUCGCUACCACACAGUGAUUGUGAAUCCACAUUCAGAGCACUUCGCCAAUAAAUGCUCUGAAUAUUCCUGUCAUCUUUGAAUCAAAGUCGCAUUUCCAGAAGAGCAGGACAAAGUUCAAGUGUGUAAACAAUUUUCUGACAUACUACAGCAAAGAUGGAUUUUAUUAAAGAGGAGAGAGAGGACACGGGGUAUCCAGAAAUAUACAUAGUGAAAAUCGAAGAUACUGAGGAUCGAACAGGCCUGAUGGAAGUAAAAACAGAAAGACAAGAACUAGAUGAAGUGGAGGAGGAAACAUCGUGUCAGUUUAGUUGCUCACAGACUGGAAAUAAUUCCUCACAGCAAACAACCGAAAGGACAGAAACUACCAAUUGUUUCACCUGCCCUAAUUGUGAAAAGAGUUUCACAUGUAGAUCCACCCUAAAGGAACACCUGAGAAUACACACUGGAGAGAAUCCUUUCACUUGUGCUCAGUGUGGAAAUAGUUUCAGACAAAAAGGACAACUUACCAGUCACAUGAGAAUUCACUCUGAAGAGAAGCCUUACACAUGCUCUCAGUGUGGAAAGAGUUUCUCACGGAAAGACAAUCUUAAAAGGCACAUGAUCGUUCACACUAGAGAGAUGCUUUUCACAUGCAAUCGGUGUGGACAGAGAUUAAAAUAUUUAAAUAAUCUACAAUGCCAUUUUCACACUCUGCACACUGGUGCAAACAUAUUAAACUGUGAUCAGUGCGAUAAAAGUCUGAUCUCGGAAUCAGACCUGCAAAUUCACAAGAAGCCCCAUUUGUGCUCUUUCUGUGGAAAGAGGUUUUCAUGCCUGAACUGUUUCGAGGAACACCAGGAAAUUCAUACUUUUGGGAAAACUUAUGCAUGCCCUGAGUGUGGUGAUGUCUUUAGAGGAGCCGGCAACUUGAAAUUACACCAGAGAGUCCAUAUUAAAGAAACAAAUUAAAAGUGUUUAUAAUGUGUAGAGUUUCAAUCCUUUACAGUCUUCAAGUGGGAAGUUUCCCCACAUCAUGCACCCAACUGAAAAAAAGCAUUGUGGAAAAAUGUCACAGUGAGCUGCUCUUCAGGAUCAUCUUCAGGUCCAAUGCUUUAUACAGUUUGAAUUUCAGGUAAACGUAAAGAUGAAUGAAAUUGUGAGUUUGAAAAAGAGUUUUUAGGAAUGCCUUUUCUAUUAUGAUGGGUAGUAGCAGUAAUAGAAAUGUACUUAUAGAAAUAUUAACUAUUGUAAUGAGUUUAAUUUGUUACAUUUUGUUCACUGUUGAAAGGAUCUGAUGCAUUGAGGAUUUGAAUAUGAAAAUAUAAGGAUAUAAAUAACUGUAUAAGGAAGUUUAUUCUGGUUAUUCCAGUAUUCCUAUUACAUUUAUGCUUCAUUAAAACAAUUCUAACUUGGGCGCAGACUGCCACAUAAUUUUCUUUGUUUAUAUUUUAGCUAACUUUGAAGGCUUCUCUUUUCUGGAUCUAACAGGCAGAAACCAAGCAUAACAUUGUUGCUUUGCCAGCAUCCCUCGCUCUUAAAUGGAUUGUUCACCUAAAAAGGAAAAUUCUCUCAUUUACGCACCCUCAUGCCAUCCUGUGUAUGACUUUCUCUAUUUUGUUGAACACAAAUGGAGAAUUCUAGAAGAACAACUCUGUAGCUCCAUGCAUUGCAAGUGAAUGGUGAUCCAGGGAUCCACAGCCUCUCAUGUGACGCAAGCAUGCUGGCAUGUUCAAAUUAAAGUGAAAUCAAUGAAGCUUGUGAACAGCGUUCUCUUGUAAACAAAUCGAGUUGCACUUCUUUAAUUAUUGUAGUGGAGUGCGUGUCACAUCUUAAUGUGCGACUAGUUGUAACGCAUGAUUUCAAAGUGUUCACACAUACUGGUAAGACAAAAUGUUCAUGUUCGACAGCAGUUAAUUUGUUAAGAGUCACCUAAAAAGACAACCACACUAUUAUCAUGGAAAUUACACCAGACAAUUUCAAACUAAACAUGCCAAUGAAUCACUGAACAAUUCACUUCAUUUUAAAACAAAAUGACAUGACAAAGGUGUACAGUAGUAGGACAAUAAAAGAACGUGUGUGUGUGUGUGUGUGUGCGUGUUUCUUAAACUGUGUAGCAACAAAUGUGUAGCAUUACAAGUUAAAGGUUGUUCUCAUAAAAACAGAACGUUACUUUUGUUAUAAAUGGGAUAUUUGUAACAUUCUUUUGGAUAAUUUUAUGAUCAUAAAAUGCUCUAACUAAAUCAUUAAAACAUCAGGCUUCUAUAGGCCUCUUUCUCCCCGCUGUAAUCUCCACAUAUGGCUAUCCUACCUCCCCAAUCUCUCGACUGGAGCAGAACUGGUCUUGCACACCACACUCAUCACAGGUACGAAGGAAAAUCUAUUAUGCCCAGUUGCUCCAAGAGGGCCUCAAACUGUUCAAAACAUUUUCCCACCAUUUCAGGGUUGAGGUCUGCAGCCGCGGCAGCUGAAAGAGUUUCUGGUUUUCGUAAUUUAAAUCCAUUUAAAUGGAAAGCUACAGGAAGCUCUCUAUUUAGUGAAUGGCUUUCUGCCUGCACUGGUGUCAGAACAGUUCAAAAUGUACCUUAUUUUCAUCCUAACUCCAUAUGGUGGUGGUGGUGUAGUGGGCUAAACACUAAAACUGUUAAGCAGAUGGUUGUCGGUUCGAUCCCCACCGCCACCGCCACCCCCAUUGUGUCCUUGAGCAAGGCACUUAACUCCAGGUUGCUCCGGGGGGAUUGUCCCCGUAAUAAGGGCUCUGUAAGUCACUUUGGAUAAAAGCAUCUGCCAAAUGCAUAAAUGUAAAUGUAUAUAAAGCAUCUGAUAACAGCAUUUUUCAGCUUUUGGAGGAACCCAUUGAUUCUCAAUGUGAUGAUGCACAAUGAAUAUGGCAUUUCUUAGGGAAAAUGGCACUAAAGAAAAACUUCACAGUGAUCCAUGCCAUAUUGUUCUGUCACAUGACUCCAUGUGUCUAAAGUUUAACCCUUUACUGACAGCCCAGAAUCUUCUGAACUGAGAUCAGUCCAUUUGCAUUUAAGACAAAAUACAACAUGCAUGCAGUGUGCACAGGGUCACACGAGGAUAUAGACCAUCAGAGUACAAAAGAUCUGCUAUAUAUGAAGGCUCAUAAUCCAUAAUGUGUGGGCAAUUUGAGAAAUAUAGAAAUGUUGUUUAAUACUUAAUCAUUUACUUUGGCUGUAAAUAAGGAGCAAUGCAUUACCUAGAAAAACAAUCUUGAGGUUAAUAAUGAUUAAUUAUUCCAAUUAAUUUACAGCCCUAAUAAUAAUUUGCCAUUUCUUUCUCAAUAAGUUUAACAAAAUAAAAUGAAAUACCAACUACCUCGUGGAACCUACUUAAGUACCCUUCAAGACACAUACCUGAAAAGAUGGAAUUUAUUAAAGAGGAGUUUGUUAAAUAUGAGAAUGAAGACAUCUGUAUUUCAGAACCAUUCACACUGCAGAAUAAAGAGACAGAGGAACAAAGUGGUUGGUGACCAUUCUUGAUUUUUAUUUAACAACUCCUGUGGAUCAGAAAAGUGUCAAAUAAGUUCACCAGAUUUGGUAACUGUAGUUAUAAAAUCACAGCUGUAAAAUUAAAACCGUAAA